GCACAAGUAUUGCAUUGUCAUUGGAUGGUGUAUGAGUGAAAGAAACCACUCUCUAACUCUGCUCAAUUCUACACUCUCACUGCGCAUUUUAGCCAGAAUGGUGCACCCAAUUGCGGAGGCAAACGAGGAAAGCCCCUUCGGGCAGCUAACUCCAGACGAAUUCUACGCGCGCCACUCAGUGAGUCACGCUUCCGAGUUCAUCACCAAUCCCAGGGGUCUCAAGCUCUUCACUCAGUGGUGGACCCCUCUCCCUCCCACUACUAUAGUCGGAACCCUCGCCGUCGUGCACGGAUUCACCGGCGAGUCCAGCUGGCUCCUCCAGCUCACCGCCGUCCACUUCGCAAAGGCCGGCUUCGCAACUUGCGCAAUCGACCACCAGGGCCACGGCUUCUCCGAUGGCCUUAUCGCUCACAUUCCCGACAUUAACCCCGUCGUCGACGACUGCAUCUCCUUCUUCGAGAACUUCCGUUCUCGCUUCGAUCCCUCACUCCCUUCGUUCCUCUACUCUGAAUCCCUCGGCGGCGCAAUCGCGCUUUUAAUCACGCUCCGCCGCCGCGAAAUGUCGUGGAACGGCGUUAUCCUCAACGGCGCCAUGUGCGGGAUCAGCGCCAAAUUUAAGCCGCCGUGGCCGCUCGAGCACUUCCUCUCCCUGGCCGCCGCGGUAAUCCCAACGUGGCGCGUGGUCCCCACCCGGGGCUCCAUCCCCGAGGUGUCGUUCAAGGUGGAGUGGAAGCGGAAGCUCGCGCUGGCUAGUCCGCGGAGGACGGUGGCGCGUCCGCGGGCUGCCACGGCGCAAGAGCUCAUGCGGAUCUGCCGGGAGCUGCAGGGAAGGUACGAGGAGGUGGAGGUGCCGUUACUGGUGGCGCAUGGCGGCGACGAUGUAGUGUGCGACCCCGCGUGCGUGGAGGAGUUGUACGCACGUGCUGCGAGUAAGGAUAAGACGCUGAAGAUAUAUCCGGAAAUGUGGCACCAGAUGAUUGGGGAACCUGAAGAGAACGUGGAGCUGGUUUUUGGGGAUAUGUUAGAGUGGCUUCGAACACGCGCCCAACGCGCCACCGUGCACGGUUCCGCUUAAGUGCUAGUAGUUUGUUUUAUUAUAUCAUACAUUAUUAUAUAAUAUAAUAAGAUGAUAAUGUUUUUUA